AUCAUUCAAGUCGUUGACAAGAAAACAACCGACAUGAACCGCCUGGUACUCCUGUUCGCGCUGGUCGCCAUCGCCUAUGCCAGACCCGAGUCGGAAAUGGUUGAUCUAGAUGUGGAUAGUUCCGCAGGCGCUGACGUCGGCAAGGAUGAUUUAACAGUAACCUAUAUUCCACAGCAAGGACUUAAAUUCGGUGAGGGUUUCCUCAAAGGUUUAGGCAAUACUCACCAAAAGGGACCAAACCCACUUCACAAUAAAGAGGCAGCUGUCUCUGAACAAUCGGAUGUUGGUGCCGUGAAUGCAGACUCCAACGUUCAGGCAAUGGAAGAUGAUCUCUCAGCAAGCUACAUUCCAGUACAAGGUGGUGCUGCUCACCUCAUUGACGACCUAAGCGACCCCAAAAGUCACCAUUAAUGACGUCAGCCUGUAAGGUGCUAACAUCAGAGCGUAACUGUGUUAAACGGCUUUCAUUACGAUACAUGUUUACUGUUUACUUUGUUAGAUUCAUUUUUGUUUUACUUUUUAAAAUAGAUUAUUGAAGCAUUUA